AUGAGUCAAUUGGAACCAUUUGAAGACCAUUACAAUAAUUAAUAUUUUGAAGUAUUUGGAUGUUGUCAUUAAAAUCGACAUUAUUAUUCAAAUAAAGACAUAUGCAGAGAAUGUGGCAUAUUUUUAAAUAAUGUAAAUAAUCUCUUAUAUGUAUAAUAGCCAAAUACUAGAGUAUACAAAACAUUAAAAAUGAAAUUUAAUGCUUUUUUCAAUCCAAUUAAAGUUCUAGAAAGUAUUUUAUUUGAAGGAGUGCCAAAAGGGCCUGCAAAACAACGUUAACAGAUCAUUGAAUUUAUUUUACAGGCUUCUGAAAGAUUAAAUCUAUCAUUAAAUACUUCUUUUUUGGCAAUAAAUUAUAUAGAUGAAUAUUUAAGUAAAGUAACAAUAAAUGAAAAUCAAACAUAUUUAUUUGUAGCAAGUGCUUUAAUGCUUGCAGCUAAGGCAUAAGAACUUGAUGAACGUGUACCUUUCAUUAGUAAAUUAAAAAGAUAUGCAUCAAUGACAAAUCAUCCUGAAAUUAAUCAAUAUUCAAUUUAAGAAUAUAAAUUUGCGGAGAGAUCAUUGAUUUAGAUAAUGGAAUGGAGAUUAUAGAGAAUUACUUUAUUAGAUAGGAUAGAAGCUAUUUUAUCUUUUGGAGUGAUAGAUGAUGAUGAUAGUUUGGGAUAACAACAUCAAAAAGAGAAUAAAGAAAGUUUCCAUUAAUAACAUGUAAAACUUAGAGAUCUUUAAGAAAAUCAAAUAUUGUAUUAUGUAAAAGAAGUUGAAAGUAAAUAUACAGAAAUAGCAUUGUAAAUAAUAAAAGGUAUUAUUAUAUAUAGAAGAUAGAUGAUAAUUUAUAUUUUGGAACAGAUUAGACAAUCUUAGCAUUAUCUUGUGUGGCUUAUUUAAGAAAGAAGGCAGGAUUAUUAAAUAUUUGGUCAUAGUAAUUACAAUGUUUGACUGGAAUAAGUGCAUAAAAGAUUUCAUCAUCAGUUUCAUAGAUUAUGACAUUAAUUGCAAAAAGCAAGAGUUUUAAAACAAUUACAAAUUUGUAAUUAAACCCUUAAGAAAUCUAUUUUUAACCUUUAAUGCCUAAUAAUACAUUGACAACUAUAAAUACAAAUCAUUUGAACAACAAUCGUCCAUUCUAAUUAGAGACUAAGAGACCAUCCUUUGGUGAAGUAGUAAUUCAAAGUAGUAAAUUAAAAAUGCCAUUAUAUCAAUCAUAAUCAACUGUUUAACUUGCUGAAUUCUAGAAAUAGAAUUAAUUAUAUAAGCACGCUAAUUUCACUACAGCUACAAAUUAUUCUUAUCUUCAUGAUAAUCAAAUUCAUCAGACCCACUUGUUAUAAUAGUUUGGCACUACCUAAACUCAAGAACUUGAUAAAAAGUAUGAGCAAGUACAUAAAGUCAGUACUAAUAUGUUCAGACCUUUGUAAUGAUAC